AUGAAAGUCGAUCCCGAGAGGGUGAUUGCAGCGAUCAUUGCUGCCAAUCCUAAGCUGAAGCUCGACUACGGAGCUAUUGCCAGAAUGUAUGGGGAAGGCGCCAAGUACAACACCAUGGAGCACAAGUUCCGAGGCUGGCGCAAGUUGGCUGAGGCCUUGCGCGCUACUGAUGGUGAUGGGAGCCCGCAAGUUCAGGCGCAGAACGCUCCCCGGGCUCCCCGUACUCCCACUACCGGUGGAAGGAAUUCUGGAACUCCGUCCAAGAGCAAGACCACCAAGGGACCCAAGGCCGCCAAAAAUGCCGAGGCCGCUAAUACCUCGGACGCCGCGGGGCAGUCAGUCGAGGAGAACUCCGCCACCAUCAUUGACAUCUCCGGCGAGAACACCAACCCAAUUAAGCCCGAGAUCAAGAUUGAGAACGAAAAGACCCGGUCCCUGCUAGGCAUCAAGAGUUAUGCACUUGAUGACAGUGAUGCCGAUGAUGACGAUGUUCAGGUCCUUGAUGGACAUGCCGCUAAGCGCAUGAAAGUGGAGCUGGACUUGAAUAUUUCCCCCGCAAAGCUCCCUUCGUUCAAGGCGGAACAGGGAACUCGAAUUGACAGCCAGUCAAAUAGUUAUGUUCUUGCCCCUCCCACUACGCCUGUCACCCCGAAGGACACCCAUGAGAAUGUCCUUGCGAGCCUGAGCACCUUGGUUCGCGGUGCAGGAGCUUCCGACGCAGUCUUUAGCGAUGAAGCUUGA